GAAUCCAUGAAGGAAGCUGUUUUCAUUGCUCAUCUACAUUCGUUCCCUUUCUUUAACCAAUUUUCUUCACCGCUCAUUUAUCCGAUUUCAUGGGAUACCUUCACCCACUCUUCUGCUUUCUCUCUUUCCAAAAUUUUCCCCCAUUAAUCUAUCCAACUACAUUUUCUUUUCCCAUUUUAAUCUUCAUAAAUUGAGUUUUAUUUUCUUAUUUUUUGGUAACAAAAUGAGGGUGGCCAAGUCUCAGCUAUGGCAAGUGGCAACCAUGGAAGAAAAAGAGGUCUUUGAUUGACAGCAAGCUUUAAUAUAAACAAAGGGAAAAUUGAAAAAGAUGCCCAUUUUUUGAAAAGAAAAUUACGAGGAACUUAAAAAAAAAGGGGGGAGAGAAAGUGAUGACGACUCGCACGAGCUCGAAUAGCAGGACACGUGUGGGGAAGUACGAGCUAGGGAGGACGUUGGGAGAAGGAACAUUCGCAAAGGUGAAAUUUGCGAGGAAUGUAGAGACUCAAGAAAAUGUAGCAAUCAAGAUUCUUGAUAAAGAAAAAGUUUUGAAGCACAAGAUGAUUAGUCAGAUUAAAUGCGAAAUUUCAAUCAUGAAACUCAUUAAACACCCAAAUGUCAUCCGUAUGUUUGAGGUGAUGGCUAGCAAAACAAAAAUUUAUAUUGUUCUAGAAUUCGUGACUGGUGGGGAACUUUUUGACAAUAUUGCUCGCAGGGGGAGAUUAAAGGAAGAUGACGCUAGAACGUAUUUUCAUCAGCUUAUUAAUGCUGUAGAUUAUUGCCAUAGCAGAGGUGUUUAUCAUAGAGACCUGAAGCCUGAGAAUUUGCUGCUAGAUGCUAAUGGAGUUCUUAAAGUUUCUGAUUUUGGUUUGAGUGCUUUACCUCAACAAGUUCGAGCGGACGGUUUACUUUACACAGCAUGUGGAACACCAAAUUAUGUUGCUCCAGAGGUGAUAAAAAGUAAAGGUUAUGAUGGAGCUAAAGCAGAUGUGUGGUCAUGUGGUGUUAUACUCUUUGUCUUAAUGGCUGGUUACUUGCCUUUUGAUGACACCAAUUUAGUGGCUUUAUAUAAUCUGAUAUUUAAGGCGAAUUUCAAUUGUCCUCCAUGGUUUUCAUCAAGUGCAAAGAAAUUAAUCAAAAGAAUUCUAGAUCCUAAUCCAUUGACUAGGAUAACAAUUGCUGAGAUUCUUGAGAAUGAGUGGUUUAAGAAAGGAUAUAAGCCACCUAAGUUUGAGGAAGCUGAUGUUACUCUUGUUGAUGUGGAUUCCAUUUUCAAUGAAUCAGGGGGAUCUCCAAACCUUGUCGUUGAACGACGAGAAGAAAGGCCUGCAGCACCUGCUAUGAUGAACGCAUUUCAACUUAUCUCGACGUCUCAAGGUCUUGACCUCAGUUGUCUGUUUGAGAAGCAAAUGGGACUAGUUAAACGGGAAACAAGAUUCACAUCAAAAAGUCCUGCAAAUGAGAUAGUCUCUAAAAUAGAGGAAGCUGCAUUGCCCUUGGGUUUUGAUGUGAAGAAAACUAACAAUAAGAUUAAGCUGUUAGGAGAAAAACCCGGACGAAAGGGUCAUUUGGCUGUUACAACAGAGAUUCUUCAGGUGGCUCCUUCAGUCUGCAUGGUUGAACUUCGAAAGUCUGGAGGAGAUACCCUGGAAUUUCACAAGUUCUAUAAUAAUAUAUCUGCCGGGUUAAAAGAUAUUGUAUGGAAAACAACAGAGGAAGGAAAACCGGAAGAAAAGAAGGGAUCUCUUUCAUCCCGAUGACCGGGGUUUUCCACAGACGGUGCAUCUGGUCAGUUCUCUAGGGCAAACUUUUGUUACCGGCUGCUCAAACGGAAUAUUUUUCUCAUUUUCCGAUGGUUGUAGACUUCAUCGUGUGUAAAGCACUGUAUGCAUGUACCAAUUAUAUUUUAGCCUCUGUUGGAAUUUGCGAUUCUAAAAUACAAUUUAACUCUACUGUUUGGAGACUUAACAAUGCCUAUUAGUUCAAUUAAUGAAUAAAAAAUAGGAAAAAGAAAAUUGGUGGCUGGCAUUGAAA